AUGGAAAUUUUGAGAGAAAAGGCAGGAUUUAUUGCGAGUCAAAGGAAAUUUACCUUAGACAUGUUGAAGGAGUUUGAUGUGUCUCAUUUGCCUCGAGUCAGCUCUCCUUUGGAUUCUUCCUCCGAGCUUCAAGCUGAUGAUGGCCAACCUCUGCAAAAUCCCACUAUAUUUCGUCACUUGGUCGGAAAAACUAAUACUCGACCAGAUCUUUCUUUUGUUGUACUCACCCUCAGUCAAUACAUGCAGAAACCAUGUGUUUCUCACAUCUCUGCUGCUUUACGAGUACUCAAAUACCUCUGCUCUGAUCCAGGCCAAGGUAUUCUUCUUUCAGCUGAACCAUCAUUUUCCUUGCUAGUAUUUUACGACGCUGAUUGGCCUCUUGCAAGGAUUCAAGGAGAAGCAAAAUACAGAUCUAUGAAAAGGGUAACUGCAGAGCUUACGUGGUUAGUACGAGUACUUGAGGAUCUCUCUGCACCAGUCAAUCUACCAAUUCCUCUUCUCUCUGAUAGCAAAGCAGCAACCAUAUCGCCU